UGUGGAGAACUUGCGGUGAGUUGGUCCUGAAAGAGACGGUGGAGAGGUUGCAAUUGCCACACACAGAUGCUUAUGGAGAGAGAUCUUCAAAACAAGUCAGCUAAUGUUCUAUUCAUGGAAAAUACCUAUUUGUGUCUUAACUGAAGUUAUAAUAUCUUCACUGAUUUAUAAGUGAGAAGUUUUGAGUGAGCGGAAAAAAGUUGACUUUACCAAAUAUGCAUAGUGCGUUUGGGUGUUGCUGUCUCCGCAUCCCAUCCACUUGAGGACGCAUUUCAUUACCAUUAUUGUUCAACGUUAAUUGUUUUGAACAUUUUAAGACUUUUUGAUAUUGAAGGACAAUGUUACCCAGGGUGAUAAAGUGGGCAUGUUAUCUAUUGGGGCUCUUCAAUAUCAGCGCUGCUUCCGUUGAUGAUGAAUGGACAGACUCUGCGGGCGACUCAGGGUCGGGAAUGCUAACAGAGGUGAACCUUCUAGAGGAGCUCUCGCUGCAGGUGUCCAACAGCAGCAAUGCCUCCAUGUCUCUGGAUGUUCUGAGGUGUCCGGUGCUGCAGGUGGGACAGUACUCCACCCUGUCCCUGCCCCUAGCACAACUCUUCACUGACGGGUUUGCAGAUGAGUUCAGCCUGUUGGUGCAGUUGCGAAGCCCACAGCGAGAUGAACGCAGCGUGCUCACCCUGCUCAGCCAUGACAGCCACAUCCUGCUGCAACUACGCAUCAGCGCAUACACACUCACCUUCAUCAGCACGCAACAGCGCCACUACGAGUUCCCGGUCAGUGGUCUGUCUGAUGGCCAGUGGCACCACGUAGCUGUGAGUGUAUCAUCUGUUAGGCUGGCGCUGUAUGUGGACUGUGCCCUGGUGGAGAGUGUGGACUGGGUGUACCAGGGUAUGGGCAUCACAUCUGAAGGCCUACUACUGUUGGGAGGGAUCAUAGAGGGCUUCGAGACACCCUUUGAGGGCCAAUUCCGACAGCUGACGUUCCUGAUGGGCGACACAGACGCCGGCCACCAUCACUGCACUCUUCACCCUGCCCAGUGUGGGGGGGCCGGGUUCAAGUCCCCCCGCUCCCCACGUACCAACCACGCCCUAGAGAAGCUCCUGCUGUCCUCAAAUGACCUGGUGGACCUGCUAGAGAGAUCCAAGGACUCCUCUUUCUUGGAUGUGCAAGUGGGGAAGACUGAUGUGUUUGGGCAGAGUGGGAGUCGGCGUGGGGACGGGACAUGGGGUCCCCGCCAGAAAGGCUCAGUGGGACGAGGGGAUGUCUUUGUGGUGGACGAGGACACAGACCUGGCUGAUCCAAACCUCCAGUGGGGACACCGCAACCCUCAGUGGAAACCCAGCAGUCAGGGCCCCAAAGGCAGCCGUGAGGGCAAGCCUGAGCCCUCCUCCAAACUCUUGGAGGAGAACAUCACCACGGACAAGAAGACAAAAGACUCUGGAGGGAGGGGCGUCGGCCUGUUUCCCGCAAAACCCUUGGAUGACAUCAUUAUUGAUUUGGACCCUGGGUUUUCCCCGAAGAAGCCCUCAGUGGAGUUUCCCCAUGUCGAUAAGACUCAGAUAGAGACCCCCCUGGACCAGGAGCACCCAGACUCUAACCUGCUGAGAGAGGAGGUGGAGUGGCCUCAUACCUCUUCUCAGACUGCCUUCACCCCCACCUCAGAGCCCCCUGCCCCCCCUGUGGAGGCUGUAACUGAGGAGAGGAGACCCACCACACACAUCCCCACCCAGCCAGACCCUGACCGGGCUAUCACUGUGGAACAAGGACCAGAACGCCCACGCACAGUGUCCAUCGUACACAGGGAAAGGGAUCUGGUUCUGGGCUCUGAUGGCCAGAUGUAUAGUCUCCAGAGAGGGCCCCCAGGCCGAAUGGGGCCCCCAGGAAAGGAGGGCUUUCCCGGCCACGCUGGCUUACGUGGGUUUAAAGGUGACAGGGGCCAGCUAGGGCCUGAGGGGCGUGCAGGGCGACAGGGGGAUCCAGGCCCCCCCGGCCCACCUGGUCUGCCGUCCUUCUACCUGUGGAAGAACACUAUUGAGGAGUGGGCUGCUUUUCGGCAAACAUCUUUCUACCAUUUGCUCUAUGCUGGCUGGCCUAGGGAGCAGGGACCCCCAGGACCAGCUGGGGAGAUGGGAAAGACAGGCCCACAGGGGCCAACAGGGGAUCCUGGCCAACGAGGGCCUCCAGGAAUAAUUGGAGAAAUGGGUGAGCCGGGCCAAAAGGGCGUGGUGGGCAGAGCAGGGCUCCAUGGGAAAUAUGGAGAGAAUGGGCUGGACGGUCAGUCUGGGAUGCCGGGUGACCCUGGGCGACAGGGACCCUUCGGGUAUAGGGGAGAAGGCGGUUCCAAAGGAGAAAAAGGGGACGAGGGCCUUAUUGGAGCCAAGGGCCCAAGAGGACAUAUUGGAGAAGUGGGCGAGAAGGGCUCUUUUGGUUUACCAGGCCGUCCCGGUUAUGUUGGUCCACCAGGGCCUCAGGGAGUCAGAGGGUUCACAGGCUCAGAGGGAAACCCUGGACCUGAUGGAGAGGCUGGGUUUGAUGGGCCUUCAGGGCCUCCUGGGACAGUGGGAGCCACUGGUUUCACAGGCCGUGUUGGCGAUCAGGGAGUUAAUGGCUCACAGGGAGAGUUGGGGCCUGUUGGAGUCAUCGGCCCCAGAGGCCCCCAGGGACCCCAGGGGUUAGAUGGCGAGAGUGGGGCUCCAGGACUCAGGGGAAUCCAGGGACAGCCUGGGAUGAGUGGUGCCCUUGGUCCGAAAGGUGAUCUUGGGCCUAUGGGGACAAUGGGUAUCCGGGGUGAGCCAGGGUUCGAGGGGCCCAUGGGGCCACUGGGAACACAAGGUCCAAAGGGUUUCCCUGGAAUUACUGGUAAGAGAGGACCAGACGGGGACAAAGGGGACCCUGGACCAAAGGGGGAGAGAUGUGUUCAGGGUGCUUCGGGCAUCCAAGGGCCUCAGGGAGAGAGUGGUCCUAGUGGCUUCCCUGGCUUUACAGGGCUCAAUGGUCAACCUGGCACUAAAGGCAUUGGGGGGGAGAAUGGAGAAACUGGCCCUCAGGGAAAACUGGGCAGAGAUGGGCUGAAGGGGAAUAGGGGUCCAGAUGGGCGCAACGGCCAGCCUGGACACAGAGGGACCAAGGGUCGCAUCGGACAGAGAGGGCAUGAUGGCCAGCCUGGUUCACUGGGUUUGCCAGGCCCACCUGGGACAGAGGGACCAGAAGGAAAGCCUGGUACACAGGGUCUCUCUGGUUCAGUGGGAAUAACUGGCGAUAAAGGCCUAAAGGGAUUCCAGGGCAUUGCUGGAGAGCCAGGUCCAGAUGGCCGUUCAGGCCCUCUGGGCCCACCUGGACGGACAGGACCAACAGGUAUCCCUGGGCCACUAGGAGAGAGGGGCUUCACUGGGAAGGAAGGUGUGGAGGGAACCCAGGGGCCAGUAGGCUUGUAUGGUUUCCCGGGUAGCAUGGGAAUGCGUGGCACAAAUGGUCACACCGGACAUAGGGGGGAGACUGGUGUAAGAGGCCUGUCUGGUCUUACUGGGAAGCCUGGACCUCCAGGUGUAUCAGGAUCUCAUGGGGAAAGAGGCCCUCCAGGACCUCAGGGUCGGCUAGGGGAUCUGGGACACACAGGGCUAGAGGGCCCACAGGGCCCCUCGGGUCUGCAGGGCUCAGAUGGAGCCACGGGGAAACCGGGACCAAGGGGAAGCAGGGGGCCUCCGGGGCCACAAGGCUCUAACGGACCAGCAGGAAUCCUAGGAAUGACAGGUGCUGGUGGACUAAUUGGACCAGCGGGGGAAAGAGGAGAAAUGGGUAUGCUGGGACCUUCUGGUGAUCUAGGUCCUCCUGGACUGGAUGGCGAACAGGGCACUCCUGGCCAAUCGGGGUUGGAGGGGCAAACAGGAACAAAUGGGGAAAAGGGAGACCUAGGGCCUUGUGGGAAACUUGGUCCUCCAGGGCAGCCUGGAGCUCGAGGUCUACAAGGACUCAAAGGGUUACAAGGCUCUCCUGGACCAAUGGGAAUAGAGGGUGAUGAUGGACCUCUUGGCGUUGCUGGUGGUCCAGGUUCCAAAGGGGAGAAGGUUAACAAACACUGACUUUUCGGCACUCAGUGAUUUACAUAUUUAAGCCAUCAAUAUAAAUGUGCUGUGUGUACAGUAUAUUGCAUAUCUAUUCAUUGAUUAACAUUUGUGCGUUUGACACAAAUUUUUGACAGGGCCAUAUAAGUGUUGGUUGUGGUUACAAACAAGUUGAAAUCUGGUUGAAAUAAAGUAAUUACAAACAGGUUAAAAUCUUGUUGAAAUAAUGAAAUUACAAAUGGGUUGAGAUCUGGUUGAAAUAGUCAUUACAAACAGGUUGAAAUGUGGUUGAAAUAGCAUCAUUACAAAUAGGUUGAAUUGUGGUUGAAAUUACAUCAUGGACCAGAGACUCUGGGUUCGAGCCCAAGCUCUGUCGCAGCUGGCCGCGACCGGGAGGUCCGUGGGG